CCCGGUGGAGCUGGCAGCAGCACUGCCAGUGUGCCUCAGUGCCCUAACGAGAACAUGCCCUUGCCCUCCCCUAAACUGUUCUGGCAAGCUCUCCUCGGGCUUCCCAGCAAGUGGGGCAAUAUGUGCCUCCCCUGAUCCCUGAGCACAGCCCUGCACACGGUAAAUAACCAGCAACCCACAGGCUCGCAGCUCUGUGCCUGCCUCCAGUGCUUUCAUUCUCAGGCACCACAAACAGCAAGCAAUUAGUCCCCGGUCUCCUGCAGAAAAAAAAUGUUCAGCUCGGGCCUCCUCUGGRAAAAAGCAUUUGUUCUAAGUUUAGCAGUGCUUCUUGCAGAUUUUACUGGAAGUGGAGCUUUUGCUGGUCUAAGUGACUGCAAAAGUGCAACCAUAGAUGAUGUGAAGGAGACUCUUGAGAAAUAUUCAAAAUGCUUGCCUGAAAUGAUUGCCGAGGGAGAAAAAGCUUCAAUCAAUUCCCUGGUGUGGACACUGCAAGAAACACUUGAUCUGCUGCGCCCUGUUCAAGAGCAAUUUUGCAAACAGCUGCCUCCGUGCCCUCGUCCAGUGGCUCCAAGAAACGGGGGGCUGGUGUGUGUCACCAUCGACAGUGCUCAGUACUGCAAACCCAUGUGCAACCAGGGUUAUGACUUUCAGUUCCUCCGAAGCAGCAGGCUGUAUGAAAUGUGUGGCAACGCCACUGGGUUUUCCUGGACCACACAGUUUGUUGGGGGAAAGGAACUGGCUGUUUGCAACCCCUCCAAGAUGGCCAUCAGUGGAGCUAAAUCUGCUUAUUUCCCCAGCAACAGCACCUGUGUGCACACCCUAGCGUUCCCUGAAGCUCAGACGGAGCAGCUGAACAUCUUCCUCAAAGAGCUGGCCCAGCAAGGCAUCGAUGGCUCCAGCAGGGACCCGGGGGCUGAUUGUAUCAUCUGUGGUUAUUAGCACAAGCAGCCUGAGCACAGAACAGCCAGCUGAAUGCACCUGGGCAGGAGAAAGGGAGCAGUGAAAUCACUGCUAGAACAUGCAAACACACAGCUUUUAUUUAGUUAAAGGACUGGUGUUCAUAGUCAUGAAAUUGUCCUCUCCCAAGGGUCAUCUUUACUGAGAAAGGACCAAUACUUCUACUUGUUUUUACAGCUGCCAGUUAAUCUCAAUUGUUGCUCUGAUGACAAUUCAAGCCAUGUAAGUGACAAAGUUCCUGACUGUAGUCAGGUCCUGACUUGCUCUCUUGACGGGGCUUAGAACAGCAGCAGAAAACCUGUCCAUUGUCCACCUGGCACUACGUGAAAGUGAGGAUCAAAGACUGCUUAGCACUGGUGAUCCAGUUUAGUUGUAGAGCUGUAACUAUCAAACAAUGUGCAUGUGAAUUAUUAUGAAAUAUAAACUAGAAACUUAUGUA